UAUUGUGGUCUGAUUUUCCAAUUUUCCAUUACCCUAGGAGGCCAUCUCCUCAGACUCCUUGCUUUCUGGUCCAUUUUCAAAUCACACUCGCUAUGGAGGUCGUGGAUGUUGUCGGAGAGUUGCAGGCGCUUCCCGACGCUAUUCAUAUUUUGUGCCCAAGACAACAUGACGACGAUCACGCACGGUACGAUGAUCCCAGUCAGGUCGACGAGUCGGGAAAGACAGUGCAAGAAAUAGUUACGGAGGCCAACACUCGCAAAGAGAAAUUUCUGUCCUGCAUGCGUAUCCUGGCAUAUAAUCAGGAAGGCUUGGAAGAACUACAAUCCUGGAUUUGGCGAAAAUUGGACGAUUCACUGGAGAAAUGCGACUUCUGCAUCAAGCAAUAUUAUACGGGGAAGAUCUGGCUGAUGGAGCAGCUCAAAGAGAAUUACGACGAUGAGGAUAUUGAGAAGUUCUCGCGCAUGCUUGACGAGUGGGAUAUCAAACGGAUCACAAAGAACCUGGCCACAGCAACGGCACAGCUCAAGGAGGUUCCCCCUCAAGACAUUGGGCUCCAUGUGUUAGACCGGGCAUCUUUGCUUUCAAUCUUCGAGACUCUGAGCUGUGAUGCCAUGCUACGCAAUGACGCUCUCCUACAGGAGUAUUUCGACGAGCCAUUUCGUUUGAUCCAAACAAAGCGCAGCCUGAAGGUGUCUGACUACAUCCCUGCUGUCACUCGUUUCCUAUUCGAACCCAACCAGAAUCGCAGCUUCUGGGCAAUCCACUCCUGGAUGCGCUAUGCACGCCCUCCGACCGCUGAGGAAUUCGACUGGGCAAUCAAGGAAGGUCUUCUUGAUGCACUAAGAACCGCAUCUCAACAGCCUGCUCAGGUAGCAGUCAUUCAGCGCCUGUGGCGUGGUAUGCAACUCGUAGUGAAGAGACUGGACAAGGAUCAGAUCACCCAUCAUCUUCGCGCACUCGAGAUUGAUCCCUGUCGCCUCUCUGUGGAUCACCUUGGUAUCCCCACCCCGGGCCUACGCUUCUUACUUAACACGAUUCAGAUCUUCCUAGAAAAGGCACCGAUUGAUUUCUGGGAUGCUAUGCAGACGAUCUCACCUCAGGCUCUCAUUGAACUAGUGUUCUACAAUCCCCAAUUGGAUGCGUUCCUGAUGCAAGCUACUGAGGGUGAGCCGUUUGAGAAAUCCGCCAUGAAGGAUAUGUUGUCAUGGAUUAGUCCUUUCAUGUCAUCCCUCAAAGGCGCGCACCAGCCCUCAGCUUGCAGGUCCCUUGUCUACCAAUUGCUUGAUCGGCUACAAGAUUCUCGAUUACCAAAUCUGGCCAGAUAUCAUUGCUUCCAUACGGGUCUGGUCAUCCUACUUCAUACUCUCCGCAGUUUCACCGAUCAUGAAUCUUCAAGAGGCUCUGUGGCUCGCAUUGUACUGUCUGAAACGCUAGGUGUUGUAAGCGCAAACAUUGAGAGAAUAUUGCGGCCUCCCCAGUUUGCGGUUGAGCAGGGCCGCCAGCGAGAAAUCUCGUCCUUGUGCAUGGAUGUCAUCCGUAAUACGCUUGCCUUGGAGUGCCAAUCCCUAAAGAGUGACUAUGAGGUUAUUCUACACCAAAACACUCUUCAACAUGGCGUCAGUACAUACUCAGCUGCAAUCUGGGAUGCGGUCGUCAGACAUCUCCACGAGGAUAAUUUGGCACUCUCGACCUCUGCUUUACUGGGCAUAUUGCCUCUGGUUGGCCUUGAAAAAUUUCCCACGAAAGGAGAGUCAAGCCCGGAGAAAACACACUUCAAUGUGAUUUAUGGUCAUUUGACCAAUUUGUCUUGUCAAAUCAUAGAGCGGCUUGCGGACUUCAAGCCCGAACAUUUGAAUGAGCUAUUCAAGAGCCAGGACACCAGCAGUGCUUUGAUUUCCGCUCUCUUCGCCGCUGAUCUAGACACAUACCAAGCUGCUGUGGAUCUGAUUAAGAACGUCAGUGGUCAAUCCGCUCGAAGAGAUGCAAUCUCACAUCUGCUGGAAUCGUUCUUUACGACGACUAUGUAUGGAUUGAGCUGGUCAUUUCGACGUAUUUCGAAUAUGCAGACGUUUGCUUCCGCACCCAGAAUGUUGCAUACGGGAACAGAUAUUGUCGAUAUUCUGUGCGAUAGUCAGACAGGUAUGCUGAGAACCCACAAAUUGGCCGAUCGACGGGAGAUACUUUCUCUUCAAAAGCUAUGGGAGUACCUAUGGCAAGCAUUGACUACGAUCUUCGACUGCACCGAACAAUGGCACCUUCGGGGUAAUGAUAAGGCGGUUAUGUUGGAGUUUUGCCGUGACAGCAUCCAAUUUGCCGAUCUUCUUUUUGACCAAUAUGGCGUUUUUCUCAGCGCUGCAGUCGAUGCAGACCCGAGCUCAGAAAGUUCUGCGCGUGAGAAUUUCCUCAGAGCCGCGACUACGACGAUGAGCGCAAUGGUGAAAUGGCUUCGCUUAAAGGAUGAGUAUCUGGCGACAACUUUGGUUGGACUCGUCUCCAAGAUCUUGCGACGGCUAGGGGAGCUCAGCGUCACGACUGUUAAACAGGAUGCUCUGAGCUUCAUCGAGGGCGUCGCAGUUAACUACACUGUGAAGACCAUCUUGACGUUACGGGAGAAGGCGGAGCUUGUGCAGGCCUUGGAAGCCUACUACAAGAAACCCAUCGUCACUGCAUCGACAGCCAGCUUCAAAAAGCAGAGCAUGAUUACAGCCUUCGCGAAACCAGUUGAUCCGACGGCGACACCUAGCCCUCCGAAGUCGGCUGAUGAAUUUGACGACAGUAUUCCAGACGAUGUUCUACUACAAAUGUCACGCUCUGUCGAACUGAACAAGGAAAGACUUGCUGCAGAAGCCAGAAGGAAGGCAGAACGAGCUGCGAAGGCAUUGCCCGCUAUCCCCAAGCCAGCUCCAGCUCCAUUGAAACCCAACGUAUCUAUUCAGGCUUUCCGUGAGAAGCGUGAGAGAGAGCGAGAGGAGAAGAAGAAACGUGACUUGGCGGCAUUGGCCCGAUUGAAGAGAAGCCAACCAGCAAUUGGCGUUGCCGAACAAACCGCUGAGCAGGGCUCGGGCUUGCUUGGCCUUGGUGUCAAAGGCAAGGAUCAUAGCGUUCCUGCUGAUAGUAUGAUGGUUUCUUCGGGGUCGGAGUCUGAAUCUGAAAGUGAAGACGAGCUUGACAAGGAAUUAUUCGGUGCCAAGACACGCUCAAAGCCUGAUGCCGUCAAGGCCUACGAGGAGAGCAAGCGAAUGUCCUUGAAACAGCAAGGACCCGUAAAGAAGAUCAAGCAGGUCCGGUCGGCCAAGGACAUGAGAGCAAGACUGGCGCCUGAUUUAUCCUCUCUGCAUCGCACAAUUCUUGGCUGGGAUUUCUUUGCCAACGGUGAUCUUCCUCCGAAUUCUGGACGAACGGAUUACAGUUUGGUGUCAAACGCUUUCAGAGACCCUAUUGAGUACCAGAGAACCUUCGAACCUCUUCUCAUACUGGAAGCCUGGCAGGGAUUCCAAUCCUCAAAGGAAGAAGGAUCAUUCAAGCCCUUUGCCAUUAAGGUAGCUACUAGAUUAUCGGUGGACUCCUUCGUCGAAGUGAAUACUGCCGUGUCAGCUCUUGAGGCUAAAGACUUUGGUAUAGGAGAGGCAGAUAUUGUACUGCUCUCCAAAGCCUCAUCACCGACAGCGGAUCAGUCUGCGCCUCACUGUCUUGCCCGAGUCUCUGGUAUCAAGAGGAAGAAAGGUACUGUCGAGAUAUCUUACAGGGUCAACCCAGGCAAUCCAUUCAUCAACACUCUUGGCCCUGGCGCUUCUAUUUGGGGUGCUAAGAUCACUUCUAUGACUCCACUCGAGCGUGAAUACGGUGCUCUCAUGGCUCUCCAAUAUUACGAUCUCUGUGAAGAGAUUAUCAAAGCAAAGCCAUCACCUAUUCUGAACUAUUCAGAUGCGAGCCUCAAACCGAUUGCCGACAACUAUAAUGUCAAUCCUGCGCAGGCCAGAGCCAUCAAGUCUGCCCUGGACAAUGACGCCUUCACUCUCAUUCAAGGUCCUCCGGGUUCAGGAAAGACGAAGACUAUCGUGGCCCUCGUGGGUGCUCUUUUGAGUGGCGCCCUUGGCACUCAAGGCGUAGCAAUCUCACGACCCUUGGCCUCUAGUAAUGCUAGAGGUGGAGGUCGGACCACAACGUCGAAGAAACUGCUUGUCUGCGCUCCCAGUAAUGCUGCUGUGGAUGAAUUGGUCAUGAGAUUCAAAGAUGGCGUGAAAACUAUCAAUGGCCGUCAAGAGAAGCUCUCCGUCAUUCGUCUUGGAAGAAGCGAUGCCAUAAAUGCCAACGUGCUGGACGUCACGUUGGAUGAGCUCGUCAAUGCUAGACUAAGCCAGACAAACAACAAAGAUUCUGGUGAACGAGACAUGCAGAAGAUCUAUAUGGAACACAAGGCUGCUGAUACGGCCUUCAAGGAGACGCGUGCUAAGAUGGAUCAAUGCAGGGCUCAAGGCUUGCCCGUUCCCGAAGAGUUGGAAAGGGAGAAUGAGCUCUACAAGAAAAGAAAGACUCAACUGAGCCAAGAAAUCGACAAUGCCAGAGACAAAAACCAUUCGGCGGCGCGCGAUGCUGAUUUGAACCGAAGACGCAUUCAGCAAGAGAUUAUCGACGGUGCACACGUCAUCUGUGCCACGCUCAGCGGUAGUGGACAUGAAAUGUUCCAAAACCUGAGUAUUGAGUUCGAGACAGUCGUCAUUGAUGAAGCAGCACAGUCGAUUGAGCUGAGCGCUCUGAUCCCUCUCAAGUAUGGGUGUUCUAAAUGUAUUCUGGUCGGUGAUCCCAAACAGUUGCCUCCUACUGUCCUUUCCAAGGUCGCUUCGAAGUUCCAGUAUGAGCAGAGUCUCUUCGUCAGAAUGCAAGCCAAUAACCCUCGGGACGUGCAUUUACUCGAUAUUCAGUACCGUAUGCAUCCGGAAAUCAGUGCAUAUCCUAGCUCUGCAUUCUACGACGGCAAGUUGCAAGACGGCCCCGAUAUGGCCCGCCUUCGCGCUCGCCCUUGGCAUCAGAGCGAACUUCUUAGUCCGUACCGGUUCUUCGAUGUGCAAGGACUUCAUCAGAACGCUGUCAAAGGUCACUCUCUGAUCAACAUGGCUGAACUUCGUGUUGCGAUGCAGCUGUACGAGCGUUUGUUAGCAGAUUUCCGAGGCUACAACUUUGACGGCAAGAUCGGCAUCAUUACUCCAUACAAAGGUCAACUUCGCCAGCUUAAAUCGUCAUUCUCUGCGAGGUACGGCGAAUCAAUUUUGACCAAGAUCGAUUUCAACACUACCGAUGCUUUCCAGGGUAGGGAAAGCGAGGUCAUCAUCUUUUCUUGUGUACGAGCCUCUAAUAAAGGCAUUGGUUUCUUGGCCGAUAUUCGUCGUAUGAACGUCGGUCUGACACGUGCCAAGUCUUCCCUCUGGGUGCUUGGUAACUCACAGUCCCUGAUCCAGGGUGAGUUCUGGAAUGGAUUGAUCAAGGAUGCCCGUCGAAGAAACGUGUACACAGACGGUGAUGUUCUUUCAAUCCUGCAGCGACCGCAAUUCACAGGAUAUAAGAAUGUUGAAAUGGUGGAUUCAGAAGCUGCAGAAUCCGCUCCACUCUCUCGAGCGACGUCGGUUGGCUCUCUAUCCCGACCUUCAUCGGUCUCUCGGGACAAAUCGGAGUCACCUUUCCCUGCAUCAGCAUCAGGGAAAGGUACCCCGCCGCCUACGCUUCCCGAAGGUCCAUCUGGUGGUGGAAAUGGACUGGAUCAAACGCGCACAUGUGGGAUCUGUGGAAGCUAUGAUCACAUGACCCACAACUGCGACAACAGCGAUGCGAAAGAGGCAACCCGACGCACCUGUACAAGGUGUGGCGAGACCGGGCAUACGCGUUUCCAUUGCAAACAACAGCGUUGCAUGGAAUGUGGGCAGACUGGACAUGUCGCCAACGAGUGCCGCGCUUCCAAUACCUUAUCGAAAUUUGAGAAAGCAAGGAUUAGUCGAGAAGAACUUCAACUUGCGCAGAGGCUAAAGCAGCGGACCGAACAACAACGACUAAGACAACUUGGCGGGCACGAUCCGAAGGUGCCUAUGGUCCAAGCGACUAACGGGCCUCCGCCACAGGAUAGGAAUGUCGCCGAGCCGAUCAGGGACGAGAAUCACAAGCCUCCGGGCAAACGCAAACGCUCCGGUUCGCCUACACUCAACCCUUCAAACCCUUCGCGGCCGCGGAAGGAUGGUCCAAAUUCAGCCCCUGCGAACGCACCUAAAGGCCCUCGACGCAAGAUCGACGCCAACAUUCCUCCCAAGGCAGAGGACUUGGUGAAGCCGUCUCGUGACGGACCCGCGUAUGGCUCUUCGAAUCAUGCGCAAUCCCACGGUGGACCCCGCUCGGUCCCGAGUUCUGCAGGUCUUCCUCCACGUCCUCAGCAGCCCAUCCCAGGCAACGUCAGGCCCCCAAUGCGCAGGAAGAAAGAGGCCGAUCCUUUCAUCAGGCCAAAGCGAAGAUAAUCAUCUCUCCGACAGCGUUCGAUUCCGAUCUCCGGUCGCGCAACGAGAGCAUGUGACGUGUCAUAAGCGCUAUUGAAGGGACGAUCACUUGUAUGGCACUUUGAAAUCAUUUUUCU